UGCCGUCGUGUAAUACUUGUGUAGGGUAGCCUUGAAUAUACUGAAUAAAAGGUCGCGGACCAAACGCUCCAAGCCCCAAAUACCCAGCGUGUAAAGCGACCCGUGCGUUGGGAGUAUGGCACCAGGGGCAAAUGGUGCCUUAACGGAGCCCUGGGAUACCGGGCGACCUCCCAGCGUAUGUAGCCUUACCCUGGUAAGAGGCUCUGCUAGGGUGGACCACACCACUUCCUCACAUCUCGUGGGACUCAUAUGGAUAACAUUCACUCUGAAACACCACAAAACCAGAACAUCUCAGGGGAGAGUCGACCAGACUCAGACCUAGAGAUGGUACUUCAGGGGAAUGAGGAGAAGCAAUACCUACACACUGCUACAUCCUCAGAACUCUGCACAGGCGGGGGGCACGAAAAUGCCGCACUGCAAGAAUCCGAGGUGAUGGAAGUCUCCUCUGAGACGGAGGAGAGGCUUUUGGGAGAACCGAAAGACUCAGCAACCUCAGAGGAAACUACCGGGGUGGCGGAAGCCAGAACCGGAGAGACCGAGCCAAAGGACAAAACGAAAAAAAGGAAACUUUCUGGAGCCCAAAUCAAAAAGCGAAGAAGGGAAAGAAAACUGAGGGAGGAGCAGGAGAAGGCAGCGGAGGGGAAGUCAGCAAUGACAACCAACCCGCAGACUUCAGCCGGCACCCCCACAGCUACCACCGGGGAGCAGGAAAAGGGAAAACCCCCCUCUAAACCUGCAAACUCGAAUAAGAAAUCUGGUGCGGCAAAGCGGAAACAGAAAAAAGCUGAUUCCUCGCAGCCGCAAACAGAUAGGUUAAGGGAGCUGCAGCUGAAAGGCCAAACCUCCAAGAGAGGGAGAUCGGACAGCAGCACACCGGACUCCGCCAAGAACACUGUGCCAAACAAACGCUGGAAAGACCAACCAGGACCUUCGUUCUCUGGCGUAGUCACCAAAAUGGCAGUGGUACCGAAGGACUAUCCAAAGAGCAGGCUCAGCGAAAAAGAAAUGGAGCUGGUACAGCAGGCUCUUCUAGCAAGGAUAGAACCAGACUCAGAAACUAAGCCACAAUUUCAGGGAACCAAAUUCGAGCAGGGAGCACUGAUGCUGUACUGCAGAAACUUGGUUACCAAAAUUUGGCUGCAGGAUAAGACGGCUACUCUGGUACCCUGGGAAGGGGCAGAGCUGAAGGCGGUCCUUGCAAAGGACCUCAUCGUAAGCUGCAGGGUCAUCUUCGAAGCACCAGCAGAGUUGAAGAAGGCAAAGCCGUCCGAGAUCUUGGAAAAGAUCGAGGGACAGAACGGUGGACUUCUUACCAAAGACUGGAAAGUUAUACACUCAAAGGAGACCACGAAAGGUCAAACUUUGGUGUGCGUAGUGGACAUGGCUUCGUUGGCAGUCCUGGAGGCGAGGAAGAUGGUUAUCUACAUCGGAUUCAACUCAGUGAGGCUAACGAACUUGGACAAAAAGAAAGCAGGGAAUGAAGAUCGUGCAGAUCAAUCUGCAUAAAAGCAAGGCUGCGACAGCAAACCUUGUGAAAAACUUCCUCACUAAGAAACUGGACAUUGCACUCAUCCAGGAACCCUGGACCAUCAAAGGGAAACCUGCAGGAUUCGGUGGGGCUGGCGCUGACUUAGUCUAUGACUUGUCAGGGGAAAACAGACCCAGAACCUGCAUAUUAGUGAGGAAGGGAAUAAACUCUAUGCCGCUAAGAAACCUCAUAACUGCAGAUCUAACAGCGGUGAAGGUGAAUGUAAAAAGAGAAGGGGAGGACAGGGCGAGGGAGUUUAUACUUGCAUCGUCCUACCUCCCCUACGAAUUAGAACCACCAACAGCGGAACUUCAGAGGCUGGUAGACUAUGCAACGAGAGGGAGGAGCAGACUGAUCGUAGGAACAGACGCAAACUCCCACCACGUCGCAUGGGGCAGCACAGACACAAAUGGU